UGCAGCUCUAGUGGAACUUAAUGUUUGACAGGAAAACAAGCUGAAUAGAAAGCUGUGCAUGCUAAAAGAAGAAGCAGGAGCUCUGGCUCGUGUCUAUGUAAAUACUAUGAAGCCUGUGAUUGUUGUUCAUGGAGGUGCCGGUAAGAUUGUUGAGGAGCUGGAUGCAACAUAUCGUGCAGGAGUGAAGCGUGCAGUUUUAAAGGGAUAUGAUGUCUUAAGUCAAGGGGGCAGUGCACUCACUGCUGUGGAAGAGGCCGUUAUAGUGCUGGAAGAUGAACAAAUAUUUAAUGCAGGCCAUGGAUCCGUUCUGAAUGAAAAAGGAGAUAUAGAGAUGGAUGCCAUCAUCAUGGAUGGGAAAAAUUUAGACUCUGGUGCAGUCUCGGCCAUUAGAAAUAUAGCUAACCCAAUAAAACUUGCCCGCCUUGUUAUGGAAAAGACGGACCACAUGCUUUUAACUUGUGAAGGAGCCACCCUUUUUGCCAAAGCACAAGGUAUUCCAGAAGUGCCAAAUGAAAGUCUUGUCACAGAACGUUCCCGAAAAAGAUGGAUGAAAAAUCUAAAGGAAAAUUCCAAUCCAGUAGCUGAUCAAAUAGGUCUGGGCACAGUUGGUGCAGUUGCAAUUGACUGUCAAGGAAAUGUGGCUUGUGCAACAUCUACUGGGGGACUCACAAAUAAAAUGGUUGGGCGUGUUGGUGAUACUGCUUGUAUAGGUAGUGGAGGUUAUGCUGAUAAUAAUGUAGGUGCCGUAUCAACAACUGGACAUGGUGAAAGCAUCAUGAAAGUGAUUCUCGCUAGACUGAUUCUUCAUCAUAUGGAGCAAGGCAAGUCUCCAGAAGAAGCUGCAGAUGCUGGGCUAAACUACAUGAAGAGCAGAGUAGGGGGAAUUGGAGGUGUCAUCAUUGUAAACAGUUCAGGUGACUGGACUGCUAAAUUCUCCACCAAUCAAAUGUCCUGGGCUGCCGUCAAAGAUGACCAGUUACACAUUGGAAUUUACCAUGGCGAGAAUAAUGUUACGCCUCUUGAAAAAGCUCUAUAGACAUAUUAGAUCCCCAAUACACAUUUCAUUACUGAUCGCUGUAAAUCUACAUAGAAUUAUUUGUGGCUUCAGUCAUCAAAUUAUCUCAUUUUUCAAAUAUAGUACUGUACAUAUGUUCUUUUUUGUAUCCUUAUCUCUUUCUAUAAUUCUCAGGAUUUUCUCAUGUUGUGAAUGUAUAUUUAGGUAAAUAUUUGUAAAGAGUUUUACAUGUAGCAUGGUCCCUCUAUCUGAUAACACUGAUUAAAGAAUAAGUAAAGCGUAAAACAGGAGUAGGCUGCAAAUGCUGCACAUUAUGUUUUAGGGUUCUUUAACAGCCCAAGGCCAUAACAGCAGUAAAGAUAUAUGAAGAUGCCCCUGUAGCUCACUGAGUCACUGUCUCCUUUUCUGCUGAUUCACUGCACAUGCUCUGUGCUGCUGUCAGUUACCUGAGCUUAUGGACCAACACACAAUAUAUUCUGUAUAUAGAAUAUAAAAAUCAUGAUACAAAGGUAAUUAAAGGAAACUAUAGCCCCAACAUGAAUAUUUAAGCAACAGAAUCUUACCAAACUAGUGUAUGUUUAAGUAAAUAUAUUCCUUUUACAUCUCUUGCCUUGAACCACCAUUUUGUGAUGGUCUGUGUGCUGCCUCAGAGAUCACCUGAAAUUCUACAACUCUAACUGUAACAGGAAGAAGUGUGGAAGCAAAAGACAGAACUCUUUCUGUUAAUUGGCUCAUGUGACCUAACAUGUAUAGUUUGUUUGGGUUGUUUUUGUGCACCGUGAAUCCUACAAUCCCAGGGGGGCGGCCCUUAUUUUUUAAAAUGGCAAUUUUCUAUUUAUGAUUACACAAUGGCACAGGCUACUAAAAAAAGUAUAUUAUUAUAAAAAUGGUUUAUUUACAUGAAGCAGGGUUUUACAUAUGAGCUGUUUUAGUCAAUAUCUUUUUAUAGAGAUCUACAUUGUUUGGGGUAUAGUUUUCCUUUAAUUUGAAUUAUCAUUACAUGACGGUUUAGAAGCCAGUGCAGUUUGUAUCAGAAUGUAAGAAUCCGCCCUGUAGCAUCAGCUUUUAUGACGUGUGAACCUCAUUCUCUCAAUGACCCCUAAGAUCAGCUGCUCAAAGCACACCGAGCAUGGGUGUCACAGAUACUCCUAACAAAAUACAAGAUGGGAAGGUCCUUUGCACAACUUUAUAGGCCUGGAUCAUUACUGUUAUAGAGAUGCAGAAGCCUUAGGCUGUUUUUGGAUUUUUCAGCCAAUAGGUUUCAUUUACCUUUAGGCUAUUGCAGUAAGUUGAAGAUAGUAAAUAUGAGAUUUCUAGCUAUAUUCAUUUUUACAGUUUAGUCAUCCUUUAAAGUUAAACUUUUAGCAAUUUGUGGUUAUUCUGGGUAUCGUACCUUAUGAAAAAGCACCCUAUCAAGGAAGAAAUAUGAAAAUGAUUUUAAGAAGCCUUCAUGCUCUAAGUUUUGCAAAUUGUACAGAAGGGUAAGGGGAGGUGUAUAAUACUAGUGUUUAAAAUGGUUUACUUUCUUGUUUACAAUAUGGUGGACUAUAAGCCACUUCAUUUCUCCCAGUUGAAAGGGGGCAUCUCCAACCCACUUGCACAUCAUAGACUCUAGGAUAAAAGGAAAAGGGGCCAACUUCAGAACUGAAGAAGUAGAAGCUGGGAUCAAUGUAGUUUUUACACUCACACACUUCAGAUCUAAAAGAAUGGCACAAUCCCGCAAUUGAAGCUGUUUUUUUUUUAUAUCUGUAUCUUGAUCAGAAAAACCAUGGCGUUUGAUAUCACUAAAAUUGUAAUCAGCCACGGGCAAAACUGCAGAAAUUUCAGAAUGUGUUGCAUUUUAACUCGGGUAUCGGUUAAAAGUGUUUUUUUAGAUUAGAACAUUCAUUUUUUAUGAUUUAUGUUGCAUUUGACACUUUCAAAGGUUAAUGAUUAGACAAUAAAAAUGCCUUUAAAAUA